CACAACUGGCUCUUUAUAGCGGAGGAACAAACCACUAACAAUUCGUAGCUGCUCCCUUAAAAGCUGUGUGAAGCUGUCAGUGCAGUCUGUGCGUUCAGAGAGGGAGGGUCAACAUGGCGUCGGAGCAGGAAAUCUCAAAUGCCCCAGUGAAGAAAUCUAUGAGGGAGAAGGCUAUCGAGCGCAGAUCAGCUAAUAAAGAGCACAACAGUAAUUUUAAGGCUGGAUAUGUUCCAAUUGAAGAGGAGCGACUCCACAAGACAGGACUGAGGGGUCGCAAGGGCAUUAUUGCCAUUGGCAUAGUCAUCCUACUCUUUCUGCUUGCGCUCAUUAAUCUCAUUAUAACUCUAGUCAUAUGGACAGUUAUACGGAUAGGUCCGGGAGGUUGUGAAAGUAUGGAGUUUCACGAGAGCGGCCUGCUACGCUUCAAACAGAAGGCCGAUAUGGGUGUGGUUCACCCGCUGCACAAGAGCACAGUGGGCGGCAGGAAGGACCAGGACCUCGUCAUUACUGGCAACAAUAACCCAGUGGUCUUCCAGCAAGGCAACACUAAGCUGAGCGUAGAGGAAGAUAAAACGUCUAUCAUCAGCGACUUGGGCAUCUCCUUCACUGACCCCCGCACCCAGACGACGUUCUUUAGCACUGAUUUUGACAACCAUGAGUUCCACCUGCCCAAAGAGGUCAAGAUUCUAAAUGUGAAGAAAGCUUCUACUGAGAGAAUCACCAGCAAUGCAUCAUCUGACCUCACUAUCAAAGGAGACGGUAAGGCCAUUAUUCGUGGCAAUGAGGGAGUUUACAUCAUGGGCAAAACUGUGGAGUUCACCAUGGGUGGGGACAUCGAGCUGAAAGCGGAAAACAGCAUUAUUCUAAAUGGCUCAGUGAUGUUCAGUCCUUCACGUAUACCAAACUCCUCUCUGGGGGGAGACUUGUACUUCAAUGAGGGGUUGGAGAGGUACAAACUUUGCAUGUGUGCAGAUGGGACACUGUUCAGAGUGCAGGUCAAAUACCCCAACAUGGGCUGCCAAACGUCCGACAAUCCCUGUGGAGCAGCACACUGAUGAAAGUGAGAUGAAUACCACUGGAAUACACAUGCUCAUCAACGUUUUCAAAUGAAACAUGGCAUUUCGGUUGAAGAUGUAAAGAUGGGUGUUCUUUUUUUUUUUUAACUGGACAAUAAUUAGCUUAUAAUAUUAGUUUACAUAUGCAAUAUACAAAAAAAUUCACACUAUCCGCCCUCACACUUCCACCAACCAGGACAGUUUCCACUACAUGCCCACUCAACUUUAUUGGAGGUCUAAGAACACACACUUACACACAUACCUCUAUGAUGAUAAUCGCUCCCUACAACCAUAAAUCCAUAAGAGCACAAACAGUACCGUUUUUUUUUUUAUGGCCGAGAGCUCCCUGUGCAUUAUCAUUGGCUUACCUCAGUGAUUUACAGUCUUUAAGCCGCCUACUUUCAACCUUCACUGCAUGUGCUUUAUAUAUUUUAUCAUAGCCGAGUAAUUUGAGUCCAGUGAUUUUCUGAGCAGUAUUACACUCUUUUACAAUCCCCUCUGGUCAUUAAUAACCAUCAAAUCGCCACAUAAAGGGGGAUGUUGUUUGACUGAUACAAAUGUUAAAAUAGUGUCAUAAACUCUCUGUAUUGUUUAUUCUGAAAGACUAUUUCUACAUGGUCAUUUUGGCUUUAGAAGAGGGGAUUUAAAGUGGCCAAUAUUAUUGAAAGGGUUAGUUUACCCAAAAAAAUGAAAAUUAUGUAAUUAAUUACCCUCAUGUAAUUUCAAACAUGUUCAUCUUCGGAACACAAAUUAAGAUCUUUUUGAUGAAAUCCGAGAGCUUUCUGAGCCACCGUAGAAUGCUGUGUUAUUACCAGUUUCAAUGCCCAGAAAGGUAGUAAAGACAUCAUUAAAAUAGUCCAUGUGACUACAGUGUUUCAACCUUAAUGUUACGAAGCUGCGAGAAUACUUUUUGUGCGCAAAAAAAGGGACUUUAUUCAACAAUUUCUUCUCUUCCAUGUCAGUCUCUGACUCUGUUCACAUUGUAAACACAGUGCAGCGCUUCCAGGUUCUACAUCAGAACGCCGACUCAGUGUUGACGGGAUCCUGCGUCAGCAUCACACGCAUGUGUCGUGGUGCUCACGUGAACAGCACGGAGACUCACACGGAAGAAAAGAAAUUGUUGGAUAAAGUCAUUACUUUUAUUGCACAAAAACAAAUUUGUUUCAUUUUCAUUUUUUUGUAACAAUUCCAGCCGCAUCUUAUGUAAGUAACACUGUAAGCCUGAUCCUGAAACAGUGGUUAGUGACACAUCAAUUCUGGCACAUAUUUUCAAGGUUUUGUAUUUUAGUGCCCUUCUUAAAGUGCCAUGGACUAAUGACUAAUGGCUUGUCGCCUAAUGACAUGUUUUUAGGUGUGCACCAUCUAAUAUCUUUUGAUAAGAGAAUAACAGGAAACUUCUGUGAUAUAUAUUUGAGUUAUACAAGUGUGAUAUUUUUGUGCAAUAUAACCUUCUUGGCCUGGUUUUUCGGGGUACAUGUGUGGUAUUUAUUGUUGUUUUUGAAUACAGUAUUAUUGUGAUGUCCAAGCUAAAAAUCCUCUGUGCUUAAGAGACUAAUUGUCAGAUGUCAGACUUUCUUUUCAACCCUGCAAUGAAUUAAUUUGAAACCAUGUGAUCAUGUCUGUGGUUUUAGUUAGAAUCACAAAUAUAUUGAUAGGGAAAAUCAAUGCUUUCACACUGCAAUGUUUUUGUUAAUAAAUUUCAAAAGCAGGUUUUGAUUGAAAAGAGA